AUGAAACUUAACUUAUUUCUAGUAGUGAUGAUUCAAAAAUAAAACAAUAAUUUCAUAUGGAAAGGAUGGGGUAAUUUUGGUGUUAAUUAAGAAAACUAAGGAUAAAUAUGGAAGGUUUUCUAGAUAAUUAAGGAAGAAUGGGGAAGAAGAAUAAGUUUUAUUGGUUAAACUCGUUUCACCUUUUAACCUUAUUGUAAGGACUCUAUGUGCAUUUUUGAUUUAAAUUAAGAAACUGGAGAAUUUAUUAAGAUUAAAGAAAUUUAUGUAGCAGGAGGAAAACAAUGCAGUUAAUUCUGCAAUUAAUAAUAUGUUAAAUCAAAAUCAUUAUUAUUGAAUAAAAAUUGUAUGCAAUUAAAUAUUAUGAUCAUCAAAGAACAAGGAGAUUGCCAUCAAGUAUAAACUCUGUCAUUUAUUACUCACUUUGUUUAUGGAAGCAUUAGCAAUGAUGGUGAAUACCUAAUUACUUGGGAUUAAGGUUUAUGCAAGAUAACAAUAUGGAAAUUAGAUUACUUAGAUUGA